ACUUCCGGCUUUUGGAUCACUUGAUACAGUUUGCAUAUGAUAUCCUUGUCGACUGUAAAACAAUGUCAGUUAUUUACAUGAUUCUCAUACUUUGUUUUAGUGACAAAGGAAAUAGUUUAGAAGGUAUUCCCAGUACAUUAUGUAUGGACACAGAAAGGAAUAGAGAGUAUUGCUGUUCGGACUAUGAAGACAUAAAUGGUACAUGUACAGAGUGCAAAAUUGGUUUUAUAUCAAUAAGUGGAAAAACGGGUUUCCAUUGUCCGAACAACAGAUUUGGAGAAAGAUGUUUGGCCCGUUGCAACUGUACUGAGAUUGAAGAACGGUGUGAUCAUGUGAAAGGGUGCGUUCCAAAGUUUGAAGUUAGCAGAGAUGUCAAUUAUACAACGAGAUCAGAGGUGGAAUCAAUGACGGUCUUUGAAUUGAAUGUGCUUAUCUUCUGGGCAGCAAUAGCAGGUAUAAUAGUUAUGAUUGGUGGCUGGGCUUUACCUGCUUUUGUAAUAAACGAAACAAGAUAAAUGCAAAUAUGAUCAUUGGGGAAAACGGAUUUCCAAACGUUUUGGAAAAUGCAGGCCAUGAUGAAUUCCAUCUGAUCGAAGACACACAUGUAGCUAGUAGCUCAUAUUUACAAGUUAUAAAUGGAUCGUAUGGCACUAUCAUUGGUAGCAAUGGAAAUGAAGAUCGCUGCAGGCAUCUCAACCCGUACGUUAGCUUGGUUCCUAAAACCAGCGAUACACAUUACUACAUGUACUAUGAAUAAAGGAAACAACAACAUAGUGAUACAUUAUCCUUCCUGUCUUUAUUCAUGUACAAAUAUAUUAGAAAUGAAUAAAAGAAACUAAAUAAUACUACAAUUGAGAAUUUCUAAAGAUAGUCAAAUAUUUGUAUUAAUCGUCGAACAGCAUUGGAAGAUUUGUUUCAUUUUUGUCUUUUAUUUUCAUUUUCAAAAGAUAUAAGGGAGAAAGUGCACCAUCUUGAUACAAAAAUCAAUGUUUAAUCAGGUUCCUAGUAAAACAUAAACUUUUCGGACAAAAAGUAACAGAUCAAUGGUACAAUGUUUUAUACGUUG